UCCUCCUCCUCCUCAUCCUCCUCCUCAGCAGCAGCAGCAGCAGCACAAAGGGAGCUCAGUGCUGCUUGAAGCUCGACUCCUCCGCUCCUCCUCUCCAGGGUUUUGAGAUGCUCCGGCUCGGCGGCACGAUGUGCGGCUUCUCGGCCCUGAUCUCGGUGCUUUUUGCCGGACUCGCGAUGGCGUCCACGGAUCUGUUCGACAACCAACUGGGCGACAUCAAUUACUGCAAGAAGCAAUGCCAGCUCACCAUCAAAAACAAAAGCCCCGCUAAAGACUCCAUAAUGAACGCCUGUCACCGCGGCUGUCGCCUCUACUCCAUCUGCCAGUUUGUCAAUGGCAACGUCGGCUUCAAUGCCAGCAGGGAGGAGUGUCAGGGAGCCUGCCAGGAGGCAUAUGUUAAGCUGCUGGAGCAGGGGGCCUGCUGCACCGGCUGUGCCAGCCAGCCCUCUGAAACUGAGCUCAUGAGGAGGAAGCUCAGGGCCAUGACUCUGCGCCCCAAGUCCCCCUCCGUGAUGGAGGCCGUGUCCGGUUGGUGCAACGACAUCGUCAGCUCCGCCCAGAGCUUCAUCUCCUCCACCUGGACCUUCUACCUGCAGGCCGAUGAUGGCAAGGUCGUGGUUUUUCAGAGCCAACCAGACAUGGAGUUCUCUCUGCCCGAGCUGCAGGCUCCCCGAUCCAACGUGGCGGACAAACCCUGGCCUCAGGUCCACUCUCACACCCAGAGACCCCACGGUGUGAGGGGCCACGGCGAGCGGGGAGCAUCCAAAGCAGGAGGCAAAGGGAAACACCCGGUCCAGCACGCCGACGACCCCACGGCCGAGCACGACUUCCUCGGCUGCAUGUCGAGACGUUCAGGCCUCCCGCGGUGGAUCUUGGCGGCGUGUCUCUUCUUGUCCAUCAUGGUCAUGUUGUGGCUCAGCUGUGCCAGCCUGGUCACGGCACCGGAGCAGCACAUCAAGACGCAGCUGAGUAUCAACGGGGAUAAAGAGUUUCUGGAUAACGCCCACAAAGUCAACCCGUACCACCUGAGUCCUGUGAUCGCCGUGGCCAUGAAACAAUCGGAGGAGAGCCAGGAGGCGGGGCCUCUGCCGGUGAAAGUUGACCUCGACAAAGCCUGUGUUUAGAUCAAAAGGGGCCAGUGGCAGAGCGACAAAAACACAUCGCUGGACUCAAACCGGUCACCAGAAUGUUUUUAAGACAUAUUUCUAAGAGCAUGGCACACCUGUCAUUUCAAAUUAUUAUACUGAAACAUCAAGCUUGUUCUUGUUGGUCUGAUGGCAUUUAAUUUACUUGUACAGUCCAGAUUUCUUCAAGGCCAUCCUCCGGUUAUCCUUAAUGAUCGUUCGCUUAUUGAUAAAUCCGUGCUCGUCGCCUCAGAGACGAGCAGAGAGGGUGGAGUACAGCCGAGGGCUUUCUUAUCAUUUCUCAUGGCUCGCAUGGACGAGGGAAGACCAUUGUAGAUUUAAUUUGGCCUCGUUCUCACAGAGAGUUUGGACCAACUGAUGGGUUGCUGGGAGUGAAUUAUUAAAAAUUGAAAACCAUGUUUUCCAGCCAUCACGAAGAAAACUGAAAUCUCAGGUGAGCUACACAUCCUCACCAAGUUCAGAGAGACAACGGCAAACUCAAAACUAAAUCUGUGUGUGUGUGUGUGUGUGUGUGUGUCUAUGUGUGUGUGUGUACAACAGCACACGAACCCUCAACACUGGCAGGUUGAAAACUGGAAGGGGAUUGGAGAAUGAGCAACAUAAACAACCUUAUUUUGUACAUGAGUCAUCUGUUAAAUAGUUUUAUUGAAAUGCCAUGUACAGUUAAUUCAUCAUACAAAUGUAAUUGAUCUGUAUGUUAACUACGCUCUAACACAGAUUGGAAAGAGGCCCAGCGAGGGGCGAUUGCACCUAUUACUGUAUUAUUAUUAUUAUUAUGAUCAUAUUAUUGCUCUUAUAUCAAGAGUUCUUAGCUGUUACAUGUGCCACGUGCUUUCUAAUAGCUGCCUAUGUUGUAUGUCCUUGGAGCACACACUGAAGGAGAACCUCUGUCACAAUGUGUAAUGCAAAGCUUUUAACAUAGACCGUUGUUAUUGAUCAGAGUUGCACGGUUUUAGAGACGCUCUUCAGUUUCCCUCUCAGCGCUUUUGAUGUCCUGUAACGCUCUCACAAUAAAAGACAAUAAACCGCGCAUGCAAGUGACGCUUCCAUAGUUUAGCUUAACCGGCCGCCAUGCCAGUAUGGCAAGACUCUACUGUAGACUUGUGAUUAUUUUUGUGUUACUUAUUUACUGUAAACAUUGAAUAGAACGCGUGAUGGCGGAUGACCUCGUGACUCUUGAUUAAAAAGCCAUUCAAUAGAUGUCUGGCUCAAACUGGAGGUACGUAUCACGAGGAGGGCGAUAUGAAACUGUAUUGUUUCCUUUAUACUGGUCUGUUUAUUUUCAAUCAAAUGAUACUUACCACAUGAUGAAAUAAAGUCUUUUCAUUGUAAAUACA